AUGGCAUACGACUCCCCUCUUCAAGGAUAUGAGAAUGCAGCGCCGCUGCCAACCGAUUUUAAUGCUGAUGGCAAGUCCUUAUACAACCCUCCUGGUCCCAAGUCACCGGCAUACGACGAGUUCCCAAAGCCUAUUGACUCAUCGAACAAUGGGUUCGAUUUCCACAUAUAUUACAUGCCAACUGUCGCGGCGGAGGCCAAGUAUGCGAGGGAGCUUCAUGAAAGGAUAAGGAGGGAGUUUCCAGAGCUCCGGAUUUAUCGUUUCUGGGACAAACCCGUCGGCCCUCACCCAACAGCGAUGUUCGAAGUGAACACCUUCACGCCGCACCAGACUGGUACCUUAUUUGCUUGGUUGACUGUGAAUCGGGGGCCAUGCUCAGUCCUUAUCCACCCGAAUACUGACGACCACCACAAGGACCACACUGAGCUCCAGUCUUGGAUGGGAAGGCCUUGGCCUUUAUAUACCGAUAUGCUGAAACAUUAG